GUUCAAUGUCCAGGAGCAUAAAACUUCCCAUGAAGACACAGCUUUCACACUCACAACCGAAUACUAGACUUCCUUCCUAAACCCUGGACUCCAAAUGAUAAGACCUCCAAAUAUUCUAAGUUGGUUGUUAUUCUAUCACAGGGAGCUUUUUUCCUGAGAAAAUGCCGACUACACAGAAGACGUUGAUGUUCCUAUCUGGCUUUCUCACAAGCCUUGGCUCUGUUGUUGUCAUCUGCUCGAUUCUGGGGACGAAAGCAUGGGUCACCAGCACUAUUUUCUUCACAGAUCCUAUUUCCAAUGGUACCAUUGUCAUCACCUACGGCCUUUUCCGUGGUAUGAGUUCUCAAGUUUUGAGUGAAGGCCUUCAAGAGCUGGACAAAAACUUUGAAGUUUUAGGGAUAUUGGGUGAUUCCUCCCAGAAGACUCUGCAUUUGGUGGCCAUCCUAUUCCUGGUCCUGAGUCUGGGAACUUCCGUACUGAGCUCAAUAUUCACCUUCUACAACAGCGUCAGCAACCCUUACCAGACGUUCCUGGGUCCUGUGGGCGUCUACACCUGGAACGGACUCAGUGCACCCUUUGUGUUCCUGACCAUGGUACUGUUCGUGGGGAAUACAGAGUCCAACCAUCUCUCAGAAGAGCUGUCCCAUAAACUUUAUACAGAGAUCACCAUCAAGACAACAACCCACUCUUACGGAUACUCAUUUUGGCUCAUUCUGCUUGUCAUCCUUCUGAAUAUUGCCACUGUGGUCAUCAUCAUUUUCUACCAGAAGGCCCGAUACCAGCAGAAGCAGGAGCAGAGGAAGCCGGUGGAAUAUGCUCCCAGGGACGGCAUUUUAUUCUGAGUCCUGUGUCACAUUAUGCUUGCACUGUCUCUGCCAGUAGUAACUGGCUGGCUCCUGUGGACAAUCUGCAUGGCAGUCUGGUGCGAUACCUCUGUAACCAUGACACCAUGUCUUUCCUAGAUGAUGCUUGCACGUUUCCCCACGGAUAUCCACUGGAAAGAGUUUUCUCAUGAGGGCAGGGAAGUGAGUGGGGAAGACUGUGGUUUACAGGGCUCCAAGAGGGGGUGGUCUGGGGCCUGCAGGCUCUUCCCUCCUGGACUGCUAUCCACAGUAAUAAAAGUCUGAAUUUUUUGCCUUCCCCAUGACCAACUUAAAGGACUGCAGCCCCCAUGAUUUUGGCCUUAGGAAGGAUCAGGCAUUUCACUCUUCUAUAGGAACAAAGGCAUUCUGAACCUGUUUUUCCUGAGUCAAGAGUUGGAAACGAAAGGAUAAAGGAUGAAACGACCUUGUGCAGGCUUAGUUCCUGUAAUGAGGGUCUGGCACAUGUAGAAUUCAGGCCUUAGGAAACCCUACAUGAGCAGGUUAGAGGUGAAAUAUAGUCCCUGUGGUCAGUUUUUCCAGCAGACAGACAAGCAGCAAAAUGGGAAAGGCACAAAAAUGUAAUCUGCAUGUGUUUCCAGUAAGCUCUUUCCUUUGGCAAGCUCAUUGAGAACCUUCCAGCCUCGACUAUUCCACAAGUCGCCAGAUAGGACUGCAAAGUGGCCCCUUUCAUGUGUUGAUGGCUUUGUGAAGCAGUGGUUCUGUGACAAGGACUGGAUUUUAUGAAGUCCUCAAGGGUACAUGGCCUUCAACACUCAGACUUAGAGAUGUGAGCUGGGUUCCCACAAUGGGGCAGCACCACGCUGCGUCUUCACCUUCGUGGAGUGUACUGCCAGGCAGUAGUCGAGUCCUACAAUUAAUGAACACUUACUUGACUCUGAUUAAAACAGUUGCUUAGGGUGGGGGAUCUUCCCCCCAUUGUAGAGCACCAAAGUGCCUACCAUGUUCAAGGCUCUAGGUUCCAUUUCUUGUUCUGUAAAAAAUGAAACAAACAUAGAGUUACAAAAGUGUGCUUUGUGUUUUGAAGGGACAAUCUCAAUCACACUCCAUCUUGAAGGCCUGCUAACUCAAGACUACUCUUAUCUAUUAAAUUAUUAAAAGUUUA